AUAUACAACCGAUAAUAGAUUAUAAUUAAUCGAUGCUAACCAACGUAACAGACAUUUUGAUUGUCCAUCACCAACCAGCUGUUAGCGUCGCAAAUCGAUAAUCGAUAAGUAGACAUUGAAUACAGACGAUAAAUAAAAGCAAUAGUAUAGAGCCAGCCGCAGGUCGUCAUGCCACGAGGAAAAUACGUUAACCACAAAGGCCGCAGCCGCCACUUCACAUCACCCGAGGAACUGCAGCAGGAGUCCGAGGAUGAAAGUGAACAAUCGACUGGCAGCGAUGAUGAAGGAGAGCAGACGGGAGGAGCCGCCGGCGCCGGCUCAUCCAAACAGUCGGCUGCAUCAGGUGCAGCACGCAAACCGGCGAGGACCGCACAGCGACAAAAGCACCAGCAGCAACGACAGCAGCGCAGCUCCUCCGACGAGGAGUCCGAUGACGAUGACAGUGAUGAUGAUUCGGAGACAGAAGUACGGGAUGCCAAGAAGGGUGUGGCCGCGCUUAUCGAAAUCGAGAAUCCCAACCGUGUGACCAAAAAGGCCACCCAAAAGCUCUCCCAGAUCAAGAUCGACGAUGGAGGCAGCAGUGCAACUGGCAGUGGCUCAUCUUCAUCACACAAGCCGGAGCUGUCGCGUCGCGAACGUGAACAGAUUGAAAAACAGAAGGCGCGCCAGCGUUACGAGAAGCUCCAUGCUGCCGGCAAGACCACCGAGGCGAAGGCGGAUCUCGCACGGCUGGCGCUCAUCCGUCAGCAGCGAGAGGAGGCGGCCGCCAAGCGGGAAGCUGAAAAGAAAUCUGUCGCCGAUCUGGCCAAGAAGCCACUCUCCAAAUAGUCUAGACGCUCCACAUGACAGCGGGUUUAUGGCAAUCGCAUUCAAAUAACAAAAAUAGUUCGAAUUUCGCAUAAACAAGCAAAUCACUAAAUCAAGCAGCAGAAAAACUAAACUAUUGUAAUUGUACGAUUUCUAAAUAUCAAAAUCAUUUUAACGGCAACAAGUAAUACCAACAUAUAAAUUGAUAUGUAUGUAUAUGUAUAAAACAAACGUAACUGCACCACAUGAUGUCAUAUUCUCCAAUGAUUUGUUUUCAAUCUUCUCUUAAUUCAAAUAUACAUAUACAACAAAAUUUACAAA